UUUCAAACUAUAACAAUUAUAUUUUUCUAACUUAAAGGUGACUUAAAAUGAGUGAAAACGGUGAUAGUAGCUUCAUAGACAGCACAAUUGCAGAUUUAUUUGAUAAUGACCCGCACCUAUCUUCGAUAACAGAAUCAUCUUUAUACCGAGCUAUUCGUGAUGAUGUCGUUGAUGAGAUCAAAAAUUACUUCAAUGGGGAUUAUCGCAAAAUAAUUUUGGAAAAUACUUUUGGUGAUGUGACUUGCGUACAUUUAGCUGCUCGCUAUGGAAGUUUAAAUUCGUUAAAAUAUUUAUUAUCUCUAAGCAAAUCUAUAGUUAACAUUCGAAGUCGAUUUGGAGAAACUCCAUUAAUGUACUCUCUCAGGUACAAAGCUUCCUUCGAAAUAAUAUUUUGUUUACUCCAACAUAAUUGUGACGUAACAAUUAUCGAUAACAAUGGCAAUUCUGCCUUGCAUUUGAUUACAAAUGAUACCAAAAAUUUCGCUCAAUUGUUGAUUGAAAAUGGUGCUAACGUAAAUGUUAAAAAUAAGGCGGGAAUAACACCCUUACAUAAAGCAGGUAACGUACAAUCUAAUCUUGAAACCAUUAGAUUGCUAAUCGAAAAGGGCGCCUUUAUUAACGAAGUGGACAAUUAUGGGCAAACUCCCCUACACAUUGCCAGUUAUAAUAAUAAUAUUGAAUUGGCCAAGUUACUAAUCAAAAUGGGAGCUCAAAUGAACAUGAGAAAUAAUAAGGGAGAUACAGUUUUACACGUAGCCACUGAAAGAAAACACAUUGAAUUAUGUCGAUUACUAGUAUUGUACAUUGAUGUUGAGGGUAAAAAUAAUAAGGGAGAAACGGCUUUACAUAUUGCUGCAAAAAGGGCAGAUCUAGAAAUCAGUAAAUUAUUAACCGACUAUCGAGCGGAUGUAAACGCCAAGACUAAUGAAAAUGUAACACCUUUACAUAAUGCCAGCAACACUACGAAUAAAGAAUUGGUUCAAUUUUUAAUAGAAUCUUAUGCGGAAGUAAAUGCUAAGGAUAUUAAUAAACAAACGCCCUUACACAUUGCUACCGAAGGAACAAACAUAGAAAUCGGUAAAUUGCUAAUGCGAAAUGGCGCUCUUCUUAACGUUAAGAAUAAUGAAGGUUUAACACCUUUAUGCAUUGCCAUUAAGAAGAGUGUAAACGAGUUUUGCACCGAACAAACGAUUCUAGAAUUUAUCCGGUUGUUAAUUGAUAUGGGAGCGAAUGUUCAUGAUAAAAAUAAUAAAGGAGUAACCCCUUUACAUAUUGCUGCCGAAACAAUAAAUUUUAAGAUCGCAAAACUUUUAAUUAUGAACAUGGCCGAUAUUAAUGCUAAAAAUAAUGAGGGUGAAACACCUUUACACAUUGCUGCUGUGAACAGGAAAAACAUUGAGUUAAUCCAAUUGCUAUUCAAAUAUGAUUUACAUGUUAACGAAAAAAAUAACGAAGGAAAAACAGCUUUACAUAUUUCUGUAGAAAGAAAACACCUUGAAAUCGCUCAACUUUUAAUUGAAAAUAAAGCAAAUGUUAAAGCUACGAGCAAUGAGGGAGUAACGCCUUUACACUUUGCCGCGAACAGCACAGAUCUUGGUUUGGCUCAAUUAUUAAUCAAAAAUUCGGCAAAUGUUAACGCUAAAGACAAUGAAGGAAGCACUCCCUUACAUUAUGCUACUGAAAAGGGAAAUCUCGAAUUAAGUGGGUUACUAAUCGAAAAUAAGGCGGAUAUUAACGCCAAAAAUUAUAACGCAGUAACACCUUUACAUUUAGCCGCAAGUAAUAGACAUAUUGAAUUAGGUACAUUGCUAAUCGAGAGAGGGGCGGAUGUUAAUGCUAAAAGUAAUGAUGGAUUAACACCUUUAUAUUUUGCUACUAUUAGUAAAAACGUUGAAUUGGCUAAAUUACUAAUCGAAAAAAAAGCGAAUCAUAUAGUUGAUAACAAAGGAAAAACGGCUCUGCACAUUGCCGCAGAAACAGCAAGUAAUGAAGUUGGUCAACUGCUAGUCGAAUACGGAGAUGUUAACAUUAGGUGUAAUGAAGGUUCAACGCCGCUACACUUUGUUGCUAUCAGUGGAAACAUUCAGCUAGGUCGAUUAUUACUCAAAAAUGCCGCUAAUGUUGACGUUAAAAAUAAUAAGGGAGAAACGCCAUUACAUUUUGCAGCUGUAAGAAACAGUUUAGAAAUGAGUCAGUUACUAAUUGAAUAUGGGGCGAAUGUUAAUGCUCAGUCGAAUGAGGGUGAAACGCCUUUACACCAUGCCACUAAAAGAAUAAACAUUGAACUUGUACAAUUGUUAAUUAAAAAAAAGGCGAUUAUUGACGUCAAGGAUAUUAACCAUAGGACGUCAUUACACAUUGCCGCUGAAAUUGGAAACGUUAAAAUCGGUCAAUUGUUAAUCGAAAAUGGAGCGGAUGUUCAUGCUAAAACUAAUAAAGGCAGAACACCUUUACAUUUUGCCACUAAUAGUAACAACAUUGAUAUUGGGCGAUUGUUAAUCGAAAAUGGUGCGGAUGUUAACGAUGAGGAUUACGAGGGUACAUCGCCUUUACACGACUCCGUUAAUAAUAAAAACACUGCAAUGAUUCAAUUGCUAAUCGAAAAAAAUGCGAAUUGUAAUAUUAAAAAUCAUAAAGGAAAAACUCCCUUACAUAUAGCUGUUGAAAAAGCAAGUCGUGAAAUCAUCGAAGAUAACGUAUUAGUUGAGUCGGCUCGAUUAUUAAUUGAAAAUGGGGCAAUUGUCAACACUAAAAGUAAUGGGGGUUUAACACCCUUACACAUUGCUACCAAAGGUGCCAAUGAUGACAUGAUUAAAAUGUUAAUCAAAGAAGGAGCGAAUGUUGAUGAUCAAAACAAUAUGGGAGAAACGGCAUUACACCUUGCUGUUAGAAUCAUAAACAAUGAAGGAGUCGGUCAAUUACUUAUCGAAAAUUCGUCCGAUGUUAAUGUUAGGAAUAAUAAGGGAUUAACACCUUUAGACAUUGCUAGUUACUGUGGAAAUUAUGAAGUAAUGUAUUUGCUUCAGCAAAANUAUUAUUGGGUUCGACCUGUUUCUGUACCCACAUGA